GAACUUUUUGAUGAUGAGCCUGUCUUUCUCGAGCUCCUCGCGGCCGGGGACGCGACGAUGCGAGACAUGGAGGACGAUGUCGACCCUACCUUCGGCAACCAGGUGAUCAUUGCCGCCUCGCUCCAGGAGUGUGCUCAUCUUCAUCAUGCCGAAGAUCCCGUCGGCGCCUCCGCGGGCGUCGAGGGCGCCUUCCCAGACCACGCGCCCUUCGACCCCGUGACGCAGGCGGCGUCCGGCGGCGACGACGGCGUUUCCUCUUCUGCCUCCGCCCACGGCGCCUUCUUCCCCGACUACGACCCAGCAGACAACGGCGUCAUCGAGGGUGACGCGCUCAUGCUGGACAACGACGGCGUCGCCAUCGCGGAAACCGGCACCCCCGCCCUGACAACG